AUGGUGAUUUUGGAUCCAGUGGAGUACCUGAGGAGCAUCCCGUGGUUUUGGGUGGUGGUCGGGGCCAACCAGCUGACUCUGACAGGCCCUGAGGUGCAGGUGCGAUACACCACGCGGGCGCUGCUCCACCAGAGAUACUUCAACGUCACCGACUACGACAUUGCCCUGCUGGAGCUGGACCGGCCUGUGGAGUGCAACCAGUACGUGCAGGUGGCCUGUGUGCCUCACCCCGCCAACGUGGUGGUGUCCCAGCUGAGAGACUGCUACAUCGCUGGCUGGGGCCACACCACCGCACGAAAUGAGUUCUUCUGGGGAAAGCAGGCCAAGCCCACCCACGGAUCCAACGUGCUGCAGGAGGCCAAGGUGCGCCUCAUCGAUGCCAGGCUGUGUAACAGCAGCCAGUAUUACAAUGAGUCCAUCCACAGCUACAACCUUUGUGCCGGCUACGUGCAGGGUGGAAUCAACGCCUGCCAGGCUGACAGCGGGGGCCUGCUGGCCUGCAGAGCUCCACACGCCGACUUCUUCUGGCUCGUGGGUGUGACCAGCUGGGGGAAAGGCUGUGGCAGAGUGCACAGGCCUGGGGUCUACACCUCCACCCAGCACUUCUACUACUGGAUGCUGCAGCAGAUGCAC